GAAGUGUAUCAGCAUAACGACAUAAGUUUUUUGAGAACUGCAUAAAGACAACAAGGAUCAUUGAGGUCGACGGGUGUUCUCACAGCGCGCGUACAUAUUGGUUCAAGGCAUAUCAGUUUGCCUCAGGCGAUCACUCGUAAUUUGAUUUUAAUAAUUACGUACUUUUAUUCAUAGCAACGAUAUCAGUCUUUUUAAUCACCUACGUUGAGCAGUUCUGUUACGCGCACCUCGGAGAGAGGGGUGAUUUUACUGUGCUUAAAACGGAGGAAUGCCGGCAGGUCAGGCCCGUUCCGACGUUUUGGAGAAUCUGGAUAGCCCUAAAGAAAGAACCUAUUGGUCCAGUAAGAACACUUUUUAAAUGUACACCAUUGUCCUUAGCGCUUUAUAUAUAAGGCAUGUGCUUGGUGUGGCAAAGGAUCCGUGAUAAACAGCUCAGACGACAUGUAUGGCAGCUGGCUCGAUAUGAUCCAAAUCCAAAGCAUUAGAGAUUUCAUUAGACGUGCUAAUACGGGUGCCGUGAAGCUGCUUUUGUCAAACUUUGGGCAGGCUUGAGAUUCACACAAAGAAGAGCUCGGAUAACAUUGCCCUGUGAGUAAAUGACAUGGGGCACCAGGCUGCCAAUCCAGGCUAGAACGGUGGCUGUGAAGCACGUUCGUGAUGCUUUGAGAUUUUAAAUUAUACCGCGUGAAGUUUUCGGCAAAAUUUCGUCGUUGAUAGGCAACGUGACUGCCGCUUACUAUGGAGGAAUUUUCCCAGGAUCUUAGCGUAGCUCUCGAAGAAGCGAAUCAGCAAGAGUCUGACUCUUGCACUGAGCAAGUUAUGCAGAAACCUCGUCGACCACGACGACGCCGGGUACGAAAGGGCGUCUGCGACGUAAAGGGCGUAAUUGACAUUAGUGCUGCCGGAGGUUUAGGCGGACAAGAAACCGAUGGGAGUCAGUCCGGUGAGCCUGAUGGAGAUGGCGCUGAUAGAGGUUCGACAUCGACGUCCACCCAGUCACAACAACAACCAUUCAAAAGCAAUCGAUCAAAGCGGAAUCCUCGAAUGCAGGUCGAGGUGAACGAGCGACCACUGGGUAGUCUGGCUGUCGCCGACGACGUCGAAAUGACAAACGUAAUGCAUCAGGGAGCAGGUCCACAGGGAACCACAAACGACUGCCCUAUGGAGGGGGCAUUUUCUUCGUCUUCCUCUGAUUUACCAUCGGAGUGUGGUGGGUGUUGUGGAUGUUCGUCAGAGGCGGAUGACGAGCAGACCGAUUUUCCACACAGUGAACCACCGCCGCCGAAAAUGGCGGCAUUACUUGUGGACCAUCCUGUGAUUAACCGGCCCGGGCCAGGUGGACGGGCUAUUGGAGAGCAUGGUCGACAUCAUGGCGUGGGGCAAAGCGGAUCCGUUGGAUCGCAUCAUUUGGGCGGAUUAUCGAUUGGAUUAAGUCAUCAUCAUCAUCAUGUGGCAAGUCAUCUUGCAUUAACGAACGAGUUCCGCCGGCGAGUGCACUCGGCAGGGAACCGAGCAGGUGGAAACUGUUCGGAACAGGCCGGUGGCCGGAAACGUCGUCGUCGAUGUUGUCCACUUGUAACAACAACUCCAACGACAACAGGCGGCGUAAGUUCGUGCGGUGUUGGGUCGCCUUCUGUAUGCGAUUCAUCACCCGCCCUUAAACUUGUGUCCGGCUGCACAAGAGACCAGCCGACCAUGUAAUUCGUCGUUGGAAAGGCACAUCUAUUUUAUAUGUAGUUCCAUAGAAAUGAGAAGAAAAGCAAUGACGAUUCAAUCAAUAGACCGAUGUUAUGCGAACUCACAAAAAUCUGUUCGAACAAAAAUCUGGGACCAGUGGAAAAACGAGCUGCCUGUUAGAUGGCGUCUGAUACGACAAGAGUUAUCAAUGUAGUAUUUUUUAAUAUUAUAUAUAUAUAUAAUUGAGUCUUCCUAAGCUAUAGUAUACUAAUAGGGGGAAUCAUGUUGGUCCGAUUGUGCGACACAACUGUAAUUUACUUCAACUAAGUGAGCACAAAACACGGGUAACUUAUAUUACUGAAUUAAGUGAUUAACACUGUAGUAAAAUAGGAGUCCAUAUUUGAUCUUAGAACCACAUAACUUCGAAAUUUGAUAAGAGCCAUGACGAACUUUUUCUAAAACUGGAUGUAAUAUACUUGAGCUUGUUUUGUUUGGGGUAUACUAACCUGUUCCUAUAGGGUUUCAAUUUUAGGAUCAGUAAAAGGCUUUUUGAGUAUUAUACCCCGUGGGCUAGUUGUAACGAGGACCAUAACCGUGUUCUAGCAUAGCCAUACCCAAGCAAACACACACAAUAACUGUUAUUAGCUAAUCAUUUUAUUAUUAUUAUUACAGUUAAGAUAUAAGAUAUUAUACACCUAAUAUCCAUAAAGUGUUCUUGUGGUAGACAAAGCGCUAUUGCUCGUGCUGUGUAAGAAACAUUGUACAAUAUUAUAUAUUAUUUAUUGUGUAAAAAUCUGUGUAACGUAUGUUAUACGGAGAGCGUAUAUAUAUAUAUAUAUAUAUAUAUAUAUAUAUAUAUAAUAAUUGUGAGACACAAUUAAUGCGAUGUGCCACUGUAUAAACGAUAGCCGUGACCUGUCUUAAUUCACUCAUCGUCUAUUUACCGUAUACAAAUACGUAUUUAAAAAAAAAAUUUAGCCUAUGGCACACAACGGCAAGAAUAGCGGAAGGAAGAUAGUAAAUAAAAAUUUCAAUUUUAACAACGAGUGAGCCGUGUCUAGUAACCUGUUGAUCGAUCAAAACGAUCAAUGAAAUAGUUUUCAUUGUUCUAUAUACAAAGUUGUUUUCUAUAUACAGAGCAAAAAAGUGGAUGUCAAUUAAACGCUGGUUAGAAAAAGUCGACGAAAAGAGCGCCAGAUUUUGAAAGUGCCGAGAGGACUAAAGAAACAUAAGCCUUUCUUAACCUGUUUUGUUAGUGUCUUACAUGGUAGGCAAGUGAAGGGCGUAUAUAUAUAUAUAUAUAUAUAUGUGUAUAUAUAUAUGACUUAGUUCUGUUUAACGUAUUGUCCAUUUGUUUUCUCAACUUACUGUUCAUUUCAUUCGUUUAAAACACAGAUUGCAAGCGUCGAACAUAACAAGUCGCUACGUCAACGUCAGGUGUCACUAUGGUUUUGUUAUUUGAUCAUUCGUUAAUGGAUAAAACUAAAACUAGCUGACGAACGAUUUUAUGGACGAGAGGCAUUGAGAUGAUAUGCAUUGAACUUGUAUGCGAACCCAUCUACUUCCAAUACUCUAGUUAUCGGAAGUAGAUGGGUAUCGUUUGGUGAAUUCUCGCCGACAGAUGCGGAGCUCAUCGUAGGCUUCUCUGUGUCGAAGUCAUAUUUUUGUGCCAUCAAAAAAAAACAAAUACCAAAAACUUCAUUCAAGUCGAAUGAUGAUAUCUCUAGUUUCUGUGAAACCAAUAAGAGCAGUGAAAUAAAUUCACAAUGUGUGUUGUAGCUCUA